AUGUGGUGCCGCUGGUACUACCGCCCAGAGGAGUCUAUUGGGGGGCGUCGGUGCUUCCAUGGAGUUAAGGAGCUCUUUCUGUCUGAUCACUAUGACGGCUGCUAUCCAGAGGCGGUGGAAGGCGUGUGUUCUGUGCACAACCUGAAGGAUUACGCUUACUUGGACGUGGUUGAGGAGGAGGACUUCUUCUGCCGGUUCGAGUACAAUGCGUCAACAGGGAUGUUCGCGCCAGAUACAGUUGCAGUGUACUGCAAGUGCGAGAUGCCAUACAACCCCGACAGUCUUAUGGUUCAGUGCGAAGACUGCAAAGACUG